GUUCCAGUUUGCUAUACGCACUUCCGGUGUUGAGAGAUUCGGGUGUUUCACGUGCAUUUAAAUGUUAUUUAUUGUUGAACUGGUUUAUUUAAUGCUAAUUUGAUGCAGAGUGUGUUUGGUUCCGGAUAAAUUCUGGUAAAGAGAAGUGAUGAACCCAGUCUUCAGAAAGUUGCAGGCGUCUGCCACACACCAGGUGUUUGCCGUAAACAAAGCACUUUCAUUACGCAGAGCUGCUCCAUCCAUCCAGCAUCCUGUGUGGUGCACAGCUUUUGGAAAUGAAAGACUUUACAAAAGCGCGCCAACUCAUGGGAUCGGGAGGUGGAAGUAUCUUUUACCUAAACAAGAAGCCAAGAAAAAGAAGGACAGACACCAGAUGAAACAGAUCGUUGCAGCGACAAAGACGGCGUACGGGACUCUGAACAUGAAAGUGUCCGGUUACGACAUGACACUGGUGGAGCAUUACUCCCAGUACAUCCACAACCUCUGCAACCGACUCGGCAUCAAAGUGGCAGAAAGCUAUGCUUUGCCAACUAAAAGCACCGAGGUCGUACUGAUUCAGGAGCAAAGCAACAAGACGUUCGUCGAUGCCGUCCUGAAGACCCACGAGCGAGUCGUUCAGUUGAGCAGUCUGAACUCUACGUUGUGUUCUGUGUUCAUGGACGUUCUUCUAAAGAACCAACCAGAAGGAGUUCAGCUCUCCGUGACGGAGGGAGAAAAUUCUUGAAAUGUCUUGUUGUGUCUGACCAGCAGAGUAAAAGUGGAAGAUCUCCUGCUAGUUAAUACAACAAAGACAGCAGUGAAAUUAAAGGAGCUGAAAUUAACAAAUGUUUGUCUUUGUUGCUCAAAAUGUGCCAAAAACAGUUUGGUUAGAUCAUGUAAUCAAUUGAAUGAAAUACUUAAAGAUAAAAUGCAUAUAGAACCUUUAGGAAAUUCUCCUGGGACAGUUUAGGUUUAGAUAUUAUGGUUUAUUCAGUAAAAAGCACAUGGACGACCAGACCUGAUAGAUCAUCAGAGGAGAAAUUCAUUUAUUGUGUUAGUUUGACUAAAUCUGGACUUUAAACUCGUAUAAACAUGUUUUGUGAGUGAAAUCCUGCUAAAUCGAAUUUCUCAAAGUAGGAGCCACUUAGUGUUUCACCGUUCCUGUCCCGGGCUUCGACCUGGAACAAAAGGAGUAGCUGGUACAUGGAAAAACCGUAAGAGACGGCGUGCAUCUCGUUGGUUUGUGUUGUAGUGGAGCUGGACGAACUCUAGUCAGUAACUUGAUUCACUUCUGGUGCAUUUGUAUUCUGGUACAAGGACAGUAGUCCAAUAAAGUCUCCUAGCUCCGUUCUAACAGAACCUCAGCCAUGUUUUGUCUCCCAAAAUAAAUAAAUAAUAAUAUUAAAAAGAAAACUUGGAUCCAACUGAGUUAAACAAGUAUCUUUCAUUUAUUGAGAUAUUAUCUGCAUCAGUGAUUAAAAUUGCAACCAAUCAUUAAAAAUACAAUCAAAAUAAACAAUAUAUGCUUGUUUUUAUUUUAAAGUAAUUCGUAUUUUAAUAUUGUGGGGAAGAAUACAAAAACCCCAAAAAAACUGGAAGCACUCAGAGUGCGCAGACCUCUGGCAUAGGGCCCAACAGCCCACCCAGUACCCCCUUUAUUAUUAUAUAUCAUAGUACCCACCAAAUCCAGAAUAUAGACCUGAUCUGGGUCAAACAGUGUCAGAUUAUAACAUUUACCAUGAUCUCAUUUUGUAAUUAUUUUCUGCCAAUUAUUGUGUCCAUUAUCUGAUGAGUUAGGGAUAAUUUUGCCAUUACAGAUUAUAUUUCCCAAUAAUAAAAAAUCCUUAAAAAUAUCCUGGAUCCAGACAGUGAUCAGGAUCACCCUCAAAAUCUGAUCACUUUUAUUACAUUUCUGACAUUUGCUGAAAUUUUUUUUAAAAUCCGUUAAUAGUAAUGUUGCUAACAGACAGAAAAAUGCUGCUGAAAACAUGUUCACACAGAUUUGGGUGUGUACCAACAAAUGAAUGAUGAAGACUCAGAUGGUCAGCUCCUCUUACUACAGAGAACCAAGUUAGGAGCAGACACCCUUGACAGGAUGCUGAGGCAGUGUUCAUCUUUGGCUGCAACUAGAACAUGACCUGUUGUGGUGUUUUAUAACGUUUUAGACUUGACUGCACUGAAUGCAUAAGUCCUCUACCGGAGCUGCAUUGAUGUAAGAUACAGUAAAUCAAUAUCUGCUGACAUCCAGCGCUCUGAUGUUAAAACCAUGGUCCAGACCACUGUAAUGAGGGGUCCCUGCCACUAGGGGGCGACUGCAUCGACGGUCCGGACCGCUGUAAUGAGGGGUCCCUGCCACUAGGGGGCGACUGCAUCGACGGUCCGGACCGCUGUAAUGAGGGGUCCCUGCCACUAGGGGGCGACUGCAUCGACGGUCCGGACCGCUGUAAUGAGGGGUCCCUGCCACUAGGGGGCGACUGCAUCGACGGUCCGGACCGCUGUAAUGAGAGGUCCCUGCCACUAGGAGACAUUU